AUGAAACUAGUCACCUUUUUGAUGAAAUUAACGAACGAAAAUGUUACAAUAGAAUUAAAGAACGGCACUCUUGUAACAGGAAUAAUAACAGGAGUAGAUAUUAAAAUGAAUACACAUAUGAAGAAUGUUAAAGUCGUAAUUAAGAACAAAAAUGUUGGUGAAUAUAACGUUAAUACAAAACAGUUUUUAUCCCUGGAACAUGUAACUAUCAGAGGAAAUAAUAUACGUUAUUUUAUUUUGUCCGAUAGCUUACCAUUGGACACAUUACUAGUAGAUGAUACACCGAAACAGAAGUUGUCAAAGGACAAAGGAUUUGCAAACAAGGACAAGGUUAAGAUUGGAAAGGGAAGAGGACGCGGUCGGAAAAUUAUGAAAAGGUAG